AUGAGUUUUGUAACAGAAAUAGAAAAUAUAUGUAGACAAUUAAAUAAAAAUAUGCAGGAAGAAGAAAUUUGCACUUAUAUUUUAAAGGUAUUAAAAGAGACAGUCUUACAUGCGAUUUCAUUAAACGACAAUAGCAACCUAAAAGAGCUAAAGAAAAAUUUAAAACAAUUUGAAUUGAUGCAAUUUCGAAUUAAUAACAGAGGACCAGAAUUAAGUGAUUAUACAGAAAUUCUUAAUGAACAUGUACCUCAACUAAACCAAAAAACAAAAGAAAAAGGAAGAGAAAUCGAUGAACUAAAAAGAAAGUUAAUAGAGAGAGGUAGAGAAUACAGAACGGCAAAGGUUAUAGAAACAGAUCACAUUCAAGAGAUCGAGAUAAUAAUGGAAAUUACAAUUUAUUACAGUUACAGGUAUCAAUACAGCAGAGAACAUAGUCGAGAGAAAACACCAGAAAGAUACAGGGGAGAUCGCUAUAAUAAAGAAUCCGAAAGAGUUACAUGCUAUAGGUGUAAUGAAAAAGGUCACUAUGCUGAUAAGUGUACAAAUACCAAAAACUAG